CAACCCUAGCACAACAAAUUCCAUCCACCGCGGCGAUAGUAACUCUGGGUGCCUGUAGCACAUUGCACCUGCGCUCCAGGCAUUUUUUUCGUCUUCGCGCUCGCCGGGCCGACCUUUGACCGUCCGCAUUCCAACAAACAGUUUCGGGGCGGGUUGCCCACCUGACCCACGCCAACAAGCCGCCGCCGCGCCUCGCGAUCGUCCCGUGUUCCAUCUCAAGCGCCUUCUGUCUCUCAUCGGCGGGAGCGCAUCCGAGAAGCUCUACCGUUCGGGUCGAUUUUCGGACAUGCCCGGCAAAACACCUGACAAAGAGCCCGUCGAGAACGGCGGUUACCGCGGGGGCAAGGACCUCAAGCCCAAGGGCAAGAAGGCCAGCAAGAAGGAAGGUGACGACGAGAUGACCGUGGUGGUGCCUCCGUCAAAAUCAUCCAAGCAGUCCUCGGUCCCGCCGCCGAACGACGCCGAAGGCGACGUGGCCAUGGACGACGCGGAGAAGACUGCCGAAGGCGAGGCCAAGGUCGACCCCGUUGCCCAGACCAUCAACGACAUCAAGAGCAAUUUCGCCCUCCUAGACCGUGCCGUCGCCCUUUUCGACGCCCGGUUCUCCCUGCGGGCCUUGCGGUCCAUCUCGUCGAUCAGGAAGCGCCUCACGCCCGAUAUCCUCGCCCAGGCCAUCUCCGAGACUUACGCCUCGUCAUCGGCGAGCGCAAAUGUCGCGAGGCAGAUGUUGCUGGCCAUCGGCCGGUCGGACGUGCCCCUCGGUCAGCAGCUCGGACCGGACAUGGAGGUCGACAGCGAGCCGAAGCCGUCUAGCAAGAAUGGCGCGAAGAAGGAGGCCAAGGAGGUGAUUCCCGAGGUGGAUGUCUUCCUCGGUAUUCUCACACAGGUUCUCCUGCACGACAGCAAACAGCACCAGCAAGGCUUCGAGUUCUCUCAAUUCCUGGUUGACCAGAUCCGGUCCCUCAACCGCCGCACUCUCGAUAGUCUCGCCGCGAAGGUCUACUUCUACUACUCGUUGUUUGCUGAGCAGAUUGCUCCGCUGCCGCCGUCUCUUCAGUCGCCAAUCGUGUCGAUUCGACCUACUCUUCUGGCUGCUCUCCGGACAGCUGUGCUGCGCAAAGACGUCGACACACAAGCCACGGUCAUCGUUCUCCUACUUCGAAACUACCUCCUCACGUCGCACAUCUCGCAAGCCGACCUCCUGGUUUCGCACACGCAGUUUCCCGAGAAUGCCGCGAACAACCAGGUUGCCCGUUUCCUCUACUACCUCGGCCGCACGCGUGCUAUUCAGCUCCGCUACACUGAAGCCCACGAGCACUUGACGGCCGCAACGCGGAAGGCCCCUUCGAGCGCCUGCGCCCUCGGUUUCAGCAUAACCGCUACCAAGCUGCUGCUCGUCGUAGAGCUGCUGAUGGGCGACAUUCCCGACCGGGCAACCUUUCGCCAGCCGAACAUGGAGACGGCCCUGCGCCCCUACUUCCUGCUCGUUCAGGCCGUCCGCGUCGGCAACCUGGGGGAUUUUGAGACGAUCAUUGCCGAGCACGCCGAUGCAUUCCGCCGCGACGGUACCUACACGCUGAUUCUACGCCUCCGCCAAAACGUGAUUAAGACGGGCAUUCGCAUGAUGAGCCUCAGCUACAGCCGCAUCUCGCUGCGCGACAUCUGCAUCCGCCUGCAUCUGGGCUCCGAGGAGAGCGCAGAGUACAUCGUGGCCAAGGCGAUCCGCGACGGCGUCAUCGAAGCGACGCUCGACCGUGAGCGGGGGUUCAUGAAGAGCAAAGAGGUCGGCGACGUGUACGCCACGCGGGAGCCGGGCGAGGCGUUCCACGACCGCAUCCGCGCGUGUCUGGCGUUGCACGACGAGAGCGUCAAGGCCAUGCGAUUCCCCAUGAACCAACAUCGCCUUGAGCUUAAGAAUGCGCAGGAGGCCCGUGAGCGCGAACGUGAGAUGGCCAAGGAGAUUCAGGAAGGUGAUCUGGACGAGGACGACCUCGGCGGCGAGUUCGAGGGCAUGUAAUUAUCCCAACCAACCGUGCCAUUAUGCACCUGACUUUUCCAUCACCCUUGGGUUCUCUGUAAACUUUAUGUCCGAAGGGAAGAGGGGGAGUGGGAGAGAGUGAGAGGGCUGAGAGGUUGAUUGAGGGCAGUAGUAGGAAGAAUACGACGGAGAUUCAAUGGACCUGGAACGCCCAGCUCCCUUUUAUC